AUGAGAGAAAUAAUAACAAUUUAAGUUGGAUAGGCAGGAAUAUAAGUUGGAAAUGCAUGUUGGGAAUUGUACUGUUUAGAGCAUUAGAUUUAACAUAAUGGAUAGAUGAUCAAUGAAUAAGUUAUAGAGAAAGAUGAUGCAUUAAGAACAUUUUUUUCUGAAUCUGAUCAUUAGAAACUAGUUCCCAGAUCUUUAUUUGUGGAUUUAGAACCUACAUAACUAGACUAAGUGAAAACUGGUAAAUUUAAGGAAAUGUUUAGCCCAGAAUAAUUUGUUUCUGGGAAAGAGAGUGGUGCUAAUAAUUUUGGAAGAGGUCAUUAUUCAAUUGGGAAAGAUUAUGUUGAUAUAUGUUUGGAUAGAAUCAGAAAACUUGCUGAUAAUUGCUCUUCAUUAUAAGGAUUUAUGAUGUUCAAUUCAGUCGGUGGAGGGACGGGUUCAGGUUUAGGUACUUUGUUAUUAGAAAAAUUAUCAGUUGAUUAUUGUAAAAAAUCUAGAAUGAGUAUAAAUAUGUAUCCAUCACCAGAAACAUCUGUUUCUAUGGUUGAACCCUAUAAUUCUAUUUUUGCAACUUAAUCUUUAUUAUAACAUGCUGAUGUUUGCAUCAUUAUGGAUAAUUAAGCUAUUUAUGAUAUUUGUAAGAAUAGUCUUUAAAUUGAAACACCUAAAUAUUCUAAUUUGAAUAGAAUUAUAGCUCAGGUAAUUUCAUCAAUAACUGCAUCGAUGAGAUUUGAUGGAGCUUUAUUUCCUGAUAUGAAUGAAAUUUAAACUUCUCUAGUUCCUUAUCCAUUCUUCAAAUUUUUGAUUUGUUCAUAUGCUCCUAUUAUAUCACAUUAAAAGAUGAACUAUGAAUAACUUUCAACUGUUGAAAUUUCAAAACUUGCUUUUGAAACAUCAAAUCUGUUGGCAAAAUGCGAUCCAAGAUAGGGGAAAUAUAUAUCAAGUGCAAUAAUAUAUAGAGGAAAUGUCAUUCCUAAAGAUGUUGGCUCUUCAUACUCAUAAUUAAAAACUCAAAAAACCAUUAGAUUCGUUGAUUGGUCUCCAUCAGGUUGUAAAGUAGGAAUAAAUUAUCAACCACAAUAAACCUUACCAGAAGAUGAUAUUUGUAAAGCUUAGCGAUCUGUAUGCACUCUUUCAAAUACAACUGCUACAUCAUAAUUCUUCUCAAAUUUAUGCAAUAAAUAUGAUUUAAUGUUUGCAAAAAGAGCCUUUGUGCAUUGGUAUAUAAAAGAGGGUAUGGAGGAAACAUAAUUCAUAGAAGCAAGAGAAGCUUUAGAAAAUUUAUAAAAGGAUUAUGAGGAAGCAGAUUAAGAGAUAAUUGAAGAAGAUUAAAUAGAAAAAGCAGCAGCAUGA